GGGCCAUGGGAUUCUAGCAGAGCUGGGAAGCGGAUGAAGCUUUCUAGGCCAGAGACCUGGGAGCGGGAGCUGAGUCUGCGGGGGAACAAAGCAUCUGUCUGGGAGGAACUCAUUGAAAAUGGGAAGCUUCCCUUCAUGGCCAUGCUUCGGAACCUGUGCAACCUGCUGCGGGUUGGAAUCAGUGCCCGUCAUCAUGAGCUCGUCCUCCAGAGACUCCAGCAUGCGAAGUCGGUGAUCCACAGUCGGCAGUUUCCAUUCAGAUUCCUUAAUGCUCAUGAUUCCAUCGAUAAUCUGGAGGCUCAAAUCAGAAAAAAUGCAUUGCCCUUUCCUUCUAAUACAAACCUGAUGAAGCAGAUAGUGAUUAGAAAUGCAAAAAAGAAGUAUGGCACUCAGAGGCAGCCUUACAACCUAUCUCGUCAGGAACUUCGGGCAGCAAUGCGGAUCCCUCUGAUGUUUGAGCAGCUCAAGCGGGAGAAAGUGAAAAUACACAAGGCCAGACAGUGGAAGUGUGAUGGUGAGAUGCUAAAUCGGUAUCGACAGGCCUUGGAGACAGCUGUGAACCUCUCUGUAAGGCACAGCCUGCCCCCACUGCCAGGCCGCACCCUCUUGGUCUAUCUGACGGAUGCUGAUGCAAACAACCUCUGUCCCAAGAGCAACCUACAAGGGCCGCCCCUGAAUUACGUGCUGCUGUUGAUUGGAAUGAUGAUUGCAAGGGCGGAACAGGCAGAUCUCCUGCUGUGUGAAAGCGGCACUCUGAAGACUGCAGUGUUUAAGGCAGAAGAAGGCAUCCUGAAGACUGCCAUCGAGCUCCAGGCUCAAGUCCAGGAGAUGGAAAAAAAGGGUGACUGGUCCCUGGAAACUUUCAGGAAAUACCUGCUAUCUCUGUCUACCCAAAGGGUUCCUGUAGACAGGAUCAUCCUUUUUGGCCAAGAGAUGGAUACCGUAAUGGUAAAUGUGGCCAAACAGCUUUUCUGGCAGCAUGUGAAUCCCAAGUGCCUCUUUGUUGGUGUCCUUCUGAGAAGGCCACGAUACAUAUCACCAAAUUCAAAUCCCAAUGACGUGACUCUCUCAGGCUGUACUGAUGGGAUACUAAAGUUCAUUGCGGAGCGUGGAGCCUCCCGUCUUUUGGAACAUGUGGGUCAAAUGGACAAAAUAUUCAAGAUUCCACCACCCCCAGGAAAAGCAGGAGUCCGGUUGCUCCGGCCACUGGAAGAGGGUACUCCAAAGCCUGUGGCUCCUAUUUCCCUUCAAGGAUGGCGCAGCAUCCGGCUUUUCAUCUCAUCCACUUUCCGAGACAUGCAUGGGGAGCGGGACCUGCUACUGAGGUCUGUGUUGCCGGCAUUGCAGGCCCGAGCAGCACCCCACCGCAUAAGCCUUCAUGGCAUUGACCUGCGCUGGGGCAUCACUGAAGAGGAGACCCGCAGGAACAGACAACUGGAAGUGUGCCUCGGGGAGGUGGAGAACUCGCAGCUGUUUGUGGGAAUUCUAGGCUCCCGUUAUGGCUACAUUCCCCCCAGCUACAACCUCCCUGACCAUCCUCACUUCCACUGGACCCAGGAGUACCCUUCAGGGCGGUCAGUGACAGAGAUGGAGGUGAUGCAGUUCCUGAAUCGGGACCAAUGCCUGCAGCCCUCUGCCCAAGCUCUCAUCUAUUUCCGGGAUUCCAGCUUCCUCGGCUCUGUGCCAGAUGCCUGGAAAUCUGACUUUGUUUCUGAGUCUGAAGAGGCUGCACGUCGGAUCUCAGAACUAAAGAACUACCUGAGCAGAAAGAAGGGUAUUAUCUGCCGCAGAUACCCCUGUGAGUGGGGGGGUGUAGCAGAUGGCCGGCCCUAUGUUGGGGAGCUGGAGGAGUUUGGACAGUUGGUUCUGCAGGAUGUGUGGAAUAUGAUACAGAAGCUUUACCUACAGCCUGGGGCCCAGCCGGAACAACCAGUUUCCAUCCCAGAUGAUGACUUGGUCCAAGCUACCUUCCAGCAGCUGCAGAAGCCAUCAAGUCCUGCCCGAUCACGCCUUCUUCAGGACACAGUGCAGCAGCUGAUGCUGCAUAGCGGGAGGCUGAGCCUGGUGACUGGACAGUCAGGACAGGGCAAGACAGCCUUCCUGGCAUCCCUUGUGUCAGCCCUGCAGGCACCUGAUGAGGCCAAGGUGGCCCCCUUGGUCUUCUUCCACUUUUCAAGGGCCCGUCCUGACCAGGGUCUUGCUCUCACCGUGCUCAGACGCCUCUGUACCUAUCUGCAUGGCCAACUAAAAGAGCCAAGUGCCCUUCCCAACACCUACCGAGGCCUGGUGUGGGAGCUGCAACAGCAGCUGCUUCCCAAGUCUGCUCAGUCCUUGCAAACUGGCCAGACCCUGGUCCUGAUCAUCGAUGGGGCCGACAGGUUGGUAGACCAGAAUGGGCAGCUGAUCUCAGACUGGAUCCCAAAGAAACUUCCCCGGUGGGUACACCUGGUACUGAGUGUAUCUAGUGACACGGGCCUGGGGGAGACCCUUGAGCAGAGCCAGGGUGCUCAUGUGGUGGCCCUGGGGCCUCUGGCACCAUCUGCCCGGGCCCAGAUGGUGAGAGAAGAGCUGGCUCUGUACGGGAAGCGACUGGAGGAAUCGCCUUUUAACAACCAGCGGGGAUCAGGCUUGCCACUCUACCUGCGCUUGGUCACCGAUCACCUGAGGCUCUUCACAUUGUAUGAGCAGGUGUCUGAGAAGCUCCGGACCUUGCCUGCCACUGUCCCCCUCCUGCUGCAGCACAUCCUGAGUACCCUGGAGCAAGAGCAUGGGCCUGAUGUCCUUCCCCAGGCCUUGGCCACCCUUGAGGUCACACGUAGUGGUCUGACUGUGGACCAGCUGCAUGGAGUGCUAAGUGCAUGGCGGGCACUGCCUAGGAGGACUAAGAGCUGGGAAGAAGCAAUGGCUGCUGUUAACAAUGGAGACCCCUACCCCAUGGGCCUGUUUGCCUACCUCGUCCAGAGUCUACGCAGUUUGCUAGGGGAGGGCCCUCUGGAGCGCCCCGGUGCCCGGCUCUGCCUCCCUGAUGGGCCCCUGAGAACAGCAGCUAAACGUCGCUAUGGGAAGAGGCCAGGGCUGGAGGACACAGCCCACAUCCUCAUCGCAGCUCAGCUCUGGAAGAUGUGUGACCCUGAUGCCUCAGGCACCUUCCGAAGUUGCCCUCCUGAGGCUCUAGGAGACCUGCCUUAUCACCUGCUCCAGAGCGGGAACUGUGGCCUUCUUUCAAAGUUCCUCACCAGUCUCCAUGUAGUGGCUGCACACCUGGAAUUGGGUCUGGUCUCUCGGCUCUUGGAGGCCCAUGCCCUCUAUGCUUCUUCAGUUCCUAAAGAGGAACAAAAUCUCCUCGAAGCUGAUGAAGAGGAACAAAACGUCCUCCAGGCUGACAUUGCUGUAUUUUGCACCUUCCUGAGGCAGCAGGCUUCAAUCCUCAGUCAGUAUCCCCUGCUCCUGCCCCAGCAGGCAGCCAACCAGCCUCUGGACUCACCUCUUUGCCACCAGGCCCCCUUGCUCUCCCACCGGUGGCACCACCACCGCAUAUUACGAUGGCUUAAUAAACCCCAGACCAUGGGGAUUCAGCAAAGCUCCAGCCUAUCUCUGACAGUUUCCUCAUCCCCCACCGCUGUAGCCUUCUCCCCUAGUGGGCAAAGAGCUGCUGUGGGCACGGCCAGUGGGACAGUUUACUUGUUGGAUCUGAGAACUUGGCAGGAGGAGAAGUCUGUGGUGAGUGGCUGUGAUGGAAUCUCUGCUUGUUGUUUCCUCUCGGACAACACACUCUUUCUUGCUGCCUUUGAUGGGCUCUUGGAGCUCUGGGACCUACAACGUGGUUGUCGGGUGCUUCAGACCGAGGCUCACCAGUACCAAAUCACUGGCUGCUGCCUAAGCCCAGACCACCGGCUGCUGGCCACCGUGUGCCUGGGAGGAUGCCUAAAGUUGUGGGACACAGUCCGUGGGCAGCUGGCCUUCCAGCACACCUGUCCCAAGUCCCUGAACUGCAUUGCCUUCCACCCGGAGGGGCAUGUAGUAGCCACAGGCAGCUGGACUGGCAGCUUCAGCUUCUUCCAGGUGGAUGGACUCAAAGUCACCAAGGACCUGGGGGCUCCAGGAGCCUCUGUCCGUUCCUUGGCCUUCAAUGGGCCUGGGCGGGUUGUAGCUGUAGGCCGGCUGGACAGCACAGUGGAGUUGUGGGCCUGGCAAGAGGGAGCCCGGCUGGCAGCCUUCCCUGCCCACCAUGGCUCUGUUGCUGCUGUUCUUUUCCUGCAUGCGGGGAGUCAGCUACUGACAGCUGGAGAGGAUGGCAAGGUUCAUGUGUGGUCAGGGUUUCUAGGUCGGCCCCGUGGGCGCCUGGGUUCCCUUUCUCUCUCUCCUGCCCUGUCUGUGGCUCUCAACCCAGAUGGUGAUCAGGUGGCUGUUGGAUACCGAGCAGAUGGCAUUAGAAUCUACAACAUUUCUUCAGGUUCCCAGGGGGCUCAGUGUCAAGCACUAGAUGUGGCAGUGUCUGCACUAGCCUGGCUGAACCCCAGGGUAUUGGUGAGUGGUGCAGAAGAUGGGUCUCUGCAGGGCUGGGUGCUCAAGGAACGCUCCCUUCAGUCCCUCUGGCUCCUGUCCAGAUACCAGAAACCUGUGCUGGGACUGGCCACCUCCCAGGCACUCUUGGCUUCUGCCUCAGAGGAUUUUACAGUGCGGCUGUGGUCAAGGCAGUUGCUGACACUGCCGCACAAAGCAGAAGACUUUCCCCAUGGCACUGAGCUCCAGGGACACGAGGGCCCUGUGAACUGCUGUAGCUUCAGCCCCAAUGGAGGCAGCCUGGCCACUGGGGGCAGGGAUCGGAGUCUCCUCUGCUGGGACGUGAGGACACCCAAAGCCCCUGUUUUGAUUUGCUCCUUCCCUGCCUGUCACCGUGACUGGGUCACUGGCUGUGCCUGGACCAAAGACAACCUGCUGAUCUCCUCCUCCAGUGAUGGCUCAGUGGGACUCUGGGACCCAGAGUCAGGACAGCAGCUUGGCCAGUUCCUGGGUCAUGAGAGUGCAGUGAGCACUGUGGUGGCUGUGGAGGAGCAUGUGGUGUCUGUGGGCCGGGAUGGGACCUUGAAAGUAUGGAAUCAUCAGGGCGUGGAGCUGACCUGCAUCCCUGCUCACUCAGGACCCAUCAGCCACUGUGCAGCUGUCCUGGAGCCCCAUUCAGCUGGACAUCCUGGGCCAGAGCUUCUGGUGGUGACUGUUGGACUGGAUGGAGCCACACGGUUAUGGCAUCCACUCUUGGUGUGCCAAACGCAUAACCUCCUGGGACACAGCGGCCCAGUCAGUGCAGCUGCUGUUUCAGAAACCUCAGGCCUCUUGUUAACCACCUCUGAGGAUGGUUCCAUACGGCUUUGGCAGGUUCCUAAAGAAGCAGAUGAUACAUGUAUACCGAGGAAUUCUGCUGCCAUCACUGCUGUGGUCUGGGCACCUGAUGGAUCCAUGGCGGUGUCUGGAAACCAAACUGGGGAACUGAUCUUGUGGCAGGAAGCUAAGGCUGUGGCCACAGCACAGGCUCCAGGUCACAUCAGUGCUCUGACCUGGUACUCGGCAGGGACCUUCCUUGUUCUCAGUGCUGAUGAAAAAGUCAGCGAGUGGCAAGUGGAACUGCAGGAGGGUUCAGCAUCCAGAAGUUUCAGUCUUCGCCUGAACCGAAUUCUGCAGGAGAACUUAGGGGUGCUGACAGAUCUAGGUUUGGCCCUUGACGGUCACUCCCUCAUCUUGGCCACUGCAAGUUUGGAAUUACUGCACAUGAAGCCAGGGGAUGAUCCAUCUACAAUCUGGAACAGCUAUGCAGAACAUCCUCUGAAGCUGUCUAUCCACAAGGAGUAUGGUAUAUUUGUCCUGCAGCCCAAGGAUCCCAGAGUUCUUUCUCUCUUAAAGCAGAUGGAACCAGGCGAGUUUGAAGAGAGCCUGGACUUUAAUCUGAACUUGGAGAAUCCUAGUGGGACCCUAAUAUCAAUAACACAGGCCAAACCUGAAUCUGAGUCCUCAUUUUUGUGUGCCAGCUCUGAUGGGAUGCUAUGGAACCUAGCCAAAUGCAGCCUGGAAGGAGAGUGGAUUACAGGUAACAUCUGGCAGAAAAACGUAAAAGUUCCUGAAACCCAAACUUCAGGGACAGAGUCAUCUGUAGACUCAGAAUUAGAUACCAGCACGGAGAACUGGUCAAGAAGCCCAGAUCUAAAGACCCGAUGGCGUAGAAAGCCCUCCAUGUGCUGCCUGAGUUGCUGGUGA